AUGGCUGCUGUUUACAAGACUGUCUCAAAGAAGAAGGCUCAACAGCCAAUGGAGGAGCUGGACGACGAAGAUAUCCAGAUGGAGGAGCUCCUCGCUGCGGAGGACGACACCACCGAUAGCGAGGAGGAAGAAGAGGAUGAGGGAGUCGAGGAGGCCAAGAAGCAACUUGCCUCUGGAUUCAUGCCUAAGACCCGAGUACUCAUUCUCACUUCGAGAGGUGCUUCAUACCGCCAUCGUCACUUGAUGUCAGAUAUCUGCGGCCUCCUUCCUCACACCCACAAAGAGACCAAGCUUGAUACGAAAAAGAAGACCGCUGGCUACAACCUCCUUCUUAACUCUCUCGCCGAUCUGCACUCAUGCAAUGUCAUCUUCUUCCUUGAGGCCAAGAAGAACGGCCAGGAUCUCUACCUCUGGCUGUCGCGUCCCCCUAACGGACCCACAAUCAAGUUCCACCUUAACAAUUUGCACACAAUGGGAGAGCUCGGCGCAGGAUUCGCAGGAAACUGCCUUAAGGGCGGUCGCGGCCUGGUCGUGUUCGACCGGUCCUUCGACGAACAGGGCCCCGACAUGGGUGUUGCUGGCAGUGAAUACCGUGCGCUUGUCCGGGAGAUGUUGCGCGGAGUCUUCUGUGUCCCCAAGCGUGGUGUCAGAGGCAUGAAGCCUUUCGUCGAUCGCAUCAUUGGUAUCUUCGGUGUGGAUGGCAAGAUCUGGAUUCGCGUUUACGAGAUCCGCGAGUCUGAGGGUGGUAAGAAGAAGGAGGGCGAACAGGAAGCCAAGCCCGUGCCCAAGGGCAAGGACGGUCUGCCCGAGGUUUCUCUGGUUGAGAUUGGUCCCCGCUUCGUCCUGACCCCCAUCGUCAUUCUGGAGGGCAGCUUCGGUGGACCCGUUAUCUACGAGAACAAGGAAUACGUCAGCCCCAACCAGGUCCGUCGUGAAGUUCGCAUGGGUAAGGCUGGCCGCUACUCCCAGCGCCGAGAUGACCAGACCGACCGGGUGGCCAAGCUCUCCGGUCUGGGUUUGUCCGACAACUCCGAGCGCAAGCAGGAUGCCUUGGACACAAGGAAGCUAUUUGCAUAG